GAAGAAACUUGCAAUAGCCCAAGAAUUUCGCAAUUCCAAAACAUGUCUAGUAAGAAAGUUGAUGACUAUUCUUGGAGGCAACAUGGAAUACUAAAUGUCUGGUCCGCUAACAUAUUUCCACCCAACUACGAUUUGCGCAAGAUUUGCUCCUGUAACGAUUGUAGCUCCAAGAUUUCCAGUCUCUACAAAAUUGUGGAGCGCACAAAAUCCUUAUUUCAGACUAUCAUGGACAUGAUAUCUUUGCUCUCAUAUACACGUGAUCAAAUUUCGUAUCUGUCAAUCGCGUGUGACUGGUCAGCACGCACUCUUCACUGUUUUCGAAUUUUUCUCAAACGAAAGUGUGAGGUGAAGCUAGGAGUUCCAUUUACGCUUGAAGAAAACAAAUUACGAGUCAAACAUAUUGAAAUCCAAACAGUGAUAGCUGAAAGUCGUAUCUUUUAUGAUGAUUAUGAGAUCGAUAUAGAUGAUGAGGAGGAUCCAUCAUCAUAUGACGGCAUACGUUUUGAUAUUGGUAGUCGUGGGUGCCUAGAGCAGCUACCCGUUGAGGGUCUCGUUCCAGAAGUUGUAGAUACGAUAGCCAGAGUUAGUUGCUUCAUCCCUCUUCAGAUGCAGUUGUCGAACUUAAGGGCGAGCAUCGAAGGCACUUGCACAAUAAUGGGGUGGGAAAGGAGAGAGUUCUUUCGAAAAAGACGGAAGAAUAGAGGCAAAGAAUGGAGAGACUGUAGUAGAUUGAACGAAUUACUCGAAGAAUUAAUGAGCAUGGCUGUUGAGUUGGAAGAUGUUGUGCCGAAAUAUCGCCACUUAAUUCAACUAUUGGACAUAUUUGCUAGCGAGCUAAAGCAGCAGAAGGGCGGAUUUACGUAUGGGCGAGCUCUGAGUUUUGGUGGGCCCAGUAAAUGGGGACUCUUUGUGUACAAAGAAAAUGAAAAAAAAAGAAAAAGAAAAUUAGUGGUGUUCGCCGGUGAUGGAUAUGUCCCGAUCGGAGCACUUGUGCAGUUAAUCAUCCCGGUUGAGUCAGCUCACCGCGCCAUUUCCUCCAACGGUGAUAUCGGCCUCUUCCAAUUCAAAGGCGCUGAUGAGUUGGAAGGUGUUAUGCCGAAAUAUCGCCACUUAAUUCAACUAUUGGACAUAUUUGCUAGCGAGCUAAAGCAGCAGAAGGGCGGAUUUAUGUAUGGACGAGCCUUGAGUUUUGAUGAAGAUGAAUUAAAAUAA